AUGACGUUUGAAAAACAUAAUACUAUUAAUUGUUCACAACAUGAAAUGAAUUCCCUUCAUUAUACGAAUUCCUCUUACAAUAAUGAAGGUUAUAACAAUGAAACUCAAAAUUGCGACGAAGUCAAGCAACAAAUUAAUACGAAUAAACCUAAAUUUCUUCCAGAGGAUGUUAAAUGGGAUGGAAAUGUUGAAGUAACAGAUAUCGAUUGGAGCGUGUCGUUUAUGAAGCCAUCGACCGGGCUUCCUACUUAUCCUAUCAAUAUGAUUGACUUCUCGGAUGGCAAAAUUCGUGAAAGAGAUAUUCAAUGGCCAGAUAACAAUGAUAAUCUUGAUAACAAUUUUCAACAAAAAGAUGUCAUUGAACCUUCAAUAUCUAUGGAAUCUUCUGUUGAACCUUCAAUAUCUGUGGAAUCUUCCGUUGAAUCUUCAAUAUCUGUUGAAUGUUUUGUUGAAUCUUCGAUAUCAGUUGAAUCUUUCGUUGAAUCUUCAAUACCUGUCGAAUCUUUCGUUGAAUCUUCAAUACCUGUCGAAUCUUUCGUUGAAUCUUCAAUACCUGUUGAAUCUUCCGUUGAAUCUUCAAUACCUGUUGAAUCUUCCGUUGAACUUUCAAUACCUGAUCCUGACACUACAUCAAGUACAAUAAUUGAUCUGGCCCAUGAAAUUAAAUCUAUUGCCAUCAACGAUGACGAUAUAGAAUUCAGUGAAAUUUGCACGCAAGAAGUAUCCCAUAAUUCGAUCAAUGAUGUGUAUGAUUUAUAUGGUGACUCUGAACAUUCAGAAUUAUUCGGCGACUCUGAACAUUCAGAAUUAUAUGGAGAAGAUAUCCAUCAUGUUAAUGAAGCAGAUAGUUGGUCAGAAAGUUCACAUACGCUACAAACCAAAGAUGUUCCUGAUCAAAAUAAUUCCGAAUCCAAUGACAUUCAGCAGAGUUCUAAAUCGAAUUAUUAUUAUAUCCGACGCCGACGUCGUCCACGCAGUUAUCUAGAGCAACGUAAAGAUCCAAGAUAUAAUCCUGAUGCAAAUCAUUGGAAGAGUGAUGCGGACUAUUUAUCAUUUGAUGGCCAAGAACGGAGUGAUCCUGAAAAACGAGAAAACGAAAAGUACGAUGCU